UUUGCUUCUUUUUUGUCAUAUGGAAGCUAACAGCUAACAGCUAACAGGCUAACAGGCUAAAGUAACAGUGACCAUGGAUGUGAGCCGGUUCAUACCGGGACGGCGUCGUGGUGUCUCCGGACAACGAUAACAUCUGUUCACGGUGGCGACCCUCUUCCUCCUCCUCACUAUCUGUCUAGUUGGUACAUUUCGUGUUCAGCUUGGCGGUUAUCUUUGUGACUUUUGCCCCCUUUAUCCCGCUGCGGCUCAUGCUAGCUGUUAGCCUGCUAGCCAAUUAGCUCGCUAUAAAGAAGCGUCGCUUUGCAUUGUGAGGCUAACGAACUAACCGGACAUUAACUCGGAUAUGAGCGAUGGCAUCGGUUCGGGUGGCAGUCCGGGUCAGACCCAUGGACAGGAGGGAGAAGGACUUGACGGCAAAAUGCAUUAUCAAGAUGGAAGGGACCAAAACCUCCGUCACCAACCUGAAGAUCCCUGACGGCAUCGCAGGUGACGUGACGAGGGAUCGAACCAAAACCUUUACGUACGACUUCUCCUACGACUCCACGGACUGUAAGAGCUCCACAUUCGUCUCCCAGGAAAAGGUUUUCAAAGAUCUGGGCUCGGACGUGCUGAAGGCGGCGUUUGAGGGCUACAAUGCCUGCGUCUUCGCUUAUGGUCAGACCGGCUCGGGGAAGUCCUACACCAUGAUGGGAAAUCCAGGAGACGCAGGUCUGAUCCCCAGGUUCUGUGAGAGUUUGUUCAGUCGUAUCUCCGCAGCGACUCGAUGGGAUGAAGCUUCAUUUCGUACAGAAGUCAGCUACCUGGAGAUCUACAACGAAAGGGUGAGAGACCUGCUGAGGAGGAAAUCCACUCAGACCUUCAACCUGAGAGUCAGGGAGCACCCGAAAGACGGACCGUAUGUAGAAGAUCUGUCCAAACACCUGGUGCAGAACUACAGCGACGUGGAGGAGCUGAUGGAGGCCGGAAACAUCAACCGCACCACCGCCAGCACCGGCAUGAACGACGUCAGCAGCCGCUCGCACGCCAUCUUCACCAUCAACUUCACACAGGCUAAGUUCGAUUCAGAGAUGCCCAGUGAGACGGUCAGUAAGAUCCACCUGGUGGAUCUGGCCGGCAGCGAGCGAGCCGACGCCACCGGAGCGACGGGCGUCCGACUGAAGGAAGGAGGAAACAUCAACAAGUCGCUGGUCACCCUCGGCAACGUCAUCUCUGCUCUAGCUGACAUGACGCAGGACGGCGGGAACACCAACCUGAAGAAGAGGUCGGUGUUUGUUCCCUACAGAGACUCGGUGCUGACGUGGCUGCUGAAAGACAGCCUGGGCGGCAACUCCAAGACCAUCAUGAUCGCCACCGUUUCCCCGGCUGAUGUGAACUACGGCGAGACGCUCAGCACGCUGCGAUACGCUAACCGAGCCAAGAACAUCAUCAACAAACCCACCAUCAACGAGGACUGCAACGUCAGGCUCAUCAGAGAACUGCGGGCGGAGAUCGCCCGUCUGAAAGCUCUGCUGGUUCAGGGAAACCAGAUCGCUCUCCUGGAUUCGCCCACUGCUCUGAGUAUGGAGGAGAAACUGCACCAGAACGAAGCCAGGGUUCUGGAGCUGACGAAAGAGUGGACCAACAAAUGGAACGAGACACAGAACAUUCUCAAGGAGGAGACCCUCGCUCUGAGGAAAGAGGGGAUCGGUGUGGUGUUGGACUCUGAGCUGCCUCACCUCAUCGGCAUCGAGGACGACCUCCUCAGUACCGGCAUCAUCCUGUACCAUCUGAAGGAGGGACGGACAUACGUGGGCAGAGAGGACGCGUCCAGAGAGCAGGACAUCAUCCUGCACGGUCUGGACCUGGAGAGUGAGCACUGCAUGUUUGAGAACCAGAACGGUAAAGUGGCUCUGGUGCCGCUCGGCAGAGCUCAGUGUUCUGUGAAUGGAGUUCAGGCGAGGGAGCGGUCGCAGCUCAACCAAGGCGCUGUUAUUCUGCUCGGCAGGACCAACAUGUUCCGGUUUAACCAUCCGAAGGAGGCGGCCAAGCUGAGGGAGAAACGAAAGAGUGGCCUGCUCUCCACAUUCAGCCUCUCGAUGACGGAUCUGUCCAAGUCCUGUGAAAACUUGUCCACGGUGAUGCUCUACAACCCCGGUCUCUUCACUGAGAAUGGCCCCGUCUUCCUCAGACUGGAGUUUGAGAGGCAGCAGCGAGAGGAGCUGGAGAAACUGGAGCUGAAAAGGAGGCUGAUCAAGGAGAUGGAGACAAAGCACCAGAGUGAGAAGGUAGAGCUGGAGCGCCUGCAGCAGGAGGUGGAGAGUCAGCGUAAGGAGUCUGAGGAGGUGCAGCAGCGGAUCCUCCACCAGGAGGAGAGCCUCCGCUGCCGCAGCCAGGACAUCGAGAGCCGCCUGCAAGACUUUCUGGCCGAGAAGGAGCGCUUUGAGGAGGAGAGACGCUCGGAGGUCCACGGGGAAGACGUCCAGCAGCAGAAACUGCAGCAGGUGGAAGAAGAAGAAGAGGAGGAGCAGGACGAAGAGCAGCGGCGGCAGCAGGAGGCUGCAGAGCAGACCGAGAUCUACCGCGAGCUGGAGAGGCUGAAGAGGGAGCGCGAGGAGCAGAAGGUUCGUCUGGAGACUGAGCGGCGGCGGCUGGAGGAGCAGGAGCGGGAGCAGCUGAGCCUGGUGGGGAGGCUGGAGGAGCAGCUGAGAGAGAAACACGAGGCGUCCACCACACUGCUGACCCGGGAGGACGCCCGCCGCCUGGAGGAGGAACGUCGAGCCCUGGCUGAGAUCAGAGAAGCACUCCUCCGUGCCAAAGAGAUCGCAGAGCGGCCAGAUGUGGAGGAUGCCAGCGAGGAGGCGAGAGCUGCCCAGACACGAUACACCAACUUCAAGGAGGCUCAGGUGAAGGAGCUGGGCCAGCUGGAGGAGGAGCUCCGGCAGCAGAGGGCGCGCCUGGAGAAAGAGGUCGCUGCUGAGCGUAGCACACUGCUGCACCUCGGCCACGGCCUCAAAGAACGACUUCAGCAGCUGAAGGAGACGCAGGCGAAGGGGGCGCAGGACGCUACAGCUGUCUGCCAGGAGGAGCAGCUGGUCAAACAGGCGGAGUACCGACUGCAGUUUAAGGAGCGUCAGCUGGCCAGCGUGGCCGACGACCUCCUACCUGCGCUGGCCGAGGAGAAGCAGAGAGCAGCGGAGAUGCUGGAGCGCAGCGGCGGAGGCAGCAACGGGAACUGCGACAGCCCGCCGGGGCUCGACAACACGCUGUUCCAGGUGGAGAAGGAGCUGGAGGACAAAGAGGAGAAACUGAACCUGCACUGGCAGAGCGCUCAGCAGCUCCAGCAGCUCCAGGAGACCUACGAGUUCACAGCCAACGUGGCGCGGCAGGAGGAGAAGGUGAGGAGGAAGGAGAAGGAGAUCCUGGAGUCGAAGGACAAGCAGCAGAGGGAGGCGAUGGAGCAGGCGGUGGCCCGGCUGGAGAGGAGGCACUCGGCCCUGAGGCGCAGCGUCUCCCUGGAGCCCGACACCGAGGAGCAGAGACACAAGAGCUCGGCCAUCAGGAACCUGAGGGCGGGGGGCGACCUGGACCAGCAGAGGGUGGAGCGGGAGAUCCAGAAGCUGAGACAGAGGAUCAGCGAAGGGGAAGAGCACAACAGGACUCACUCCAUCAGUAACGAUGAGAAGACGAGCUCCCCGGUCAGCCACAUCCAGAGUCUGAACACACUGCUGCCGCUGUCCGACGACAGGAUAAAUGCGUACAUUGAAGAGGAAGUCCAGCGACGGUUACGCAAGAUGAAUCUUCUCAAUGGCAGCAGCAGCAACAUGGAUCUGUCUCUGUCCUGCGACUCGCUCAGGGAGGAGGAAGAAGCUAGUGACUGUAGCUCUGUUAGAUUAACAGAUGAGGAAGAUGAAAAGCAGCAAAACAUUAAUCCGAGGAGGCUUAAAUAUGAGAAAGCCUGCGGGUUGCGGUCUAGCUUCCUGCCUGCCCCGGAGCUCGAGGGUAACUCCCCUCCUCACGUCCAGGAAAACAUGUUGGAAGAACCAGAGAAAGAAGAAACACUCACAUCUACAGCUGAAGCCUUGAUUGGAAAAAAAGGAUUGCCUUACAAAGAUGGGGACAAAAACAAAUGGUGGAAUAUCCCUCUCGGAGAACUGGGCCGAGACGUUUGUAAACUUGAGCGCUGUGACGUUGGACAACACAAGUUUUGUGUCACCUCGGCAAACACGGAGACGAUCCGAUUGGAUGAAAACGAGAAUAUCACUGAUGAGAGGAGAAACGAUGCUGCCUGCUGUGUUCCUGGCGAUGAUAAGAAGGUUGACGAUGCAGCAAGCAAGCACCAAACCUGUGACGCAGGGAGAGUAAAAGAUGCAGGACUUCCCAACGAUCAAUCGUCAAAGAUGCAGAUCUCGGUCAACGGUUACAUCAAUUCCAAGGUGAAGGAAUCCAUUAAUGGUCCAAUAAAACGAGAGACGAACACAGAAACUGAGAAAGUGGCGGCUAACAGGAGCUUUGAUUUGGGAUAUUUAGCUGGAAUGCUGUCCGAUGCUUACAAAGACGCUGGUAGAAAGCUACAGGGCACACGGGACAUCAUUCGAAAUGUAGGAGUGGGUGAAAUGAAGGUUAUGGUCUCUCAGUGUGUGACCAUGAUGUCCAAAGAGCUGCCACUGAUUAAUCGAAUGCAGCUUAACCCGGUGCCAUCACCUCUCCUCGAUGCCGAAAACAAAGUCAGUUUGGUGGAUCUGCCGACAGAUUGUGCCCUUAGUCUGCCGCUGAAUUGCGGCAUAUCUGUGGUCUCGGGCGUCUCCGGAUGGCCUGAAGGCUCUGUGUCGUCUCUCAAAAACACAUGUCCUGAAGUGUUUUAUCAGAGGCUGGUCCAGCUGCCUCCAGCUUUGUCUCAGCUACAGUCCCUUUCGUCCCAGAAGAUGCUCGAAAAGUUGGAAUCUCUGGCUCCUCGAAUGAAAGUUGACAAGCCUUCGAGUAUCUUCUGGCUCAAAACCGCCAACAGAAAGCAGCCGACACCGAAGCCUGCAUGCUUGCUUUUGUCAGAAAAAGACAUAAUAGUGCUGUCAAGUGAAGCAAAUUCAGAUGACACCUUAGCUAUUUUUCACCAUUUUAAUCUUCUGGAAAUCAAGAAGGUCCAGAUAAGCUUGGCAGGGCAGCACGUUCGCCUAAUUGGCUGCACCGAAGACGCCCUCUUGGUAGUGUUUACCCACAGCAAAGAGCUGACCCAGGAGUUCUGCAAGGCUUUACUGAAGGUCCUCUCUCCUGAAAGGUUCUCUGAAGAGACUGAAGAUCACCCGUUACUCUCGGAUGACCUCAUGGACCUCUCUCUGGAUUGGACGUCAAGCGUCCCCGACAUCGUCCUGGACAACGGCCUUCACGUCACCUCCAGAUUCAAGCGGGUCCUUGCAGACCUGCUCUACAUCGUCCACGGGAACAUGGUGGGUCCUGGCAAACCUUCUCUGGCACACAUUCGUCCUCUGCUCUACACCAGCGUCAAGGUCAAGAACUCUCCCCGCAUGCAUCAGGACGCCAUUGCUCAGUUCCUCCUGACGGACACUCAUGUGGCUGUUCUCCGGGAGGACGGCGUCUUUCACCCGGUGCCGCGGGGCUCCAGUUUUGUCCCUGCACAGCCCCAGGUUCAGGGACUCGAAGUCCGCAAGCGUUCAGACAUCAGAUGCCUGAUUGUGAGGCAAAAUGACAACUGCCUGGUGGUCGAUAUCACGUUUACAACUCCACAAACUCGAGGAAAGAAGAUGGAGUCCAGGCGAAGCUCCGCUGAUGUGCCCUCCAUCUCUGAUUCCAGCAGUCGCAGUGAUUCCUGGAUGCUUUGCUUUGGUUGCACCUCAGAAGCUGUGAUCUUGAUUAAACAUCUGUGUACCUGAGUUACACACCUGAAGGCAGUUUCACAAGAAUGAAUUCACUAUUGCAACGUUCUUAACUGUGUCCAAGAGGGAGAAUUAAAUAUAAGUCACCGCCAUUUGACAGAUAAAAUGUUUUUUCAGAGAUGGAUAGUAUAUACGUGUGUGUGUAUGUGUAUAUAUCUAUAUAUAUAUCUAUAUAUAUAUAUAUAUAGAUAUAUAUACACACAUAUAUAUAUGAAAGUAUUUUAAGAAUAUUUUUUAAUGUUUUAACUUUUCAGUCAUGUAAUUUUGUGAUUUGACCAUUUUGCUAUAAAGUCCUAAAGAUUGUCUUUUGAGAAGAAGAAUCACGUUGAAGUGUAUUCUCUAUAAUUUCUUGUGACUUCUGCAGUUUAGAUGUAGUCGUAGUUUCUAUGUAUUUAUGAAAGUUAAAUGUUUUGUUUACUGUUUUUAGUCAUGAUGAUGGUUCUUGAUUAUUGUUUGAUUUUGGAUCUCGCCUGGUGAAAGGGAAAAUGUAGCAGCUGCACUUUAAGAAAGAAAUAUUGAUGACUUGAUUACAGAUGAAAUAUGAUUAGUAUAUAUUUGAAUUAAAGUUUAAUAUGCCUUUAAACUUGUACAAUGACAUGUUGAAUGUGAAAACGGAUAAUAAAGAUUUAACACAGUGAGUUAUUGUCUGAUUUAUAUUCGGUGAUCAGAAAUUGAUUCAUGAAGAUUAUUGUAUUUUUUCCUGGGUCAACCCUUUACUCUCCACCUCCCUUCUUCUUCUUCUUCUUCUUCUU